AUGUCUCCAGCUGUUUGCCUGCCCUUCCUUCUCCCUUUCCUCCUCUAUACCGCCCACCUUGCCUCGGCUGCCAAUGGGCCUACGGCAGACCUCCAUAUCGUGAAUAAGGUCAUCGCACCAGAUGGAUUCAGUCGCUCCACUGUACUAGCUGGUCUCUCGUCGUCUAGCGGUCAAUUUCCUGGCCCGCUCAUCACCGGGAACAAGGGUGAUCAUUUUCAGAUCAAUGUAAUUGACGAGUUGGUGGAUAACUCGAUGCUUCUGGACACAAGUAUCCACUGGCAUGGCUUCUAUCAGAAAGGAAGCAACUGGGCUGACGGUAAAACGAUAAAAUUUGCAAUACUCUCUUCUGACGAGCGUAAUGCAGGGCCUGCUUUCGUUACUCAAUGUCCUAUCGUCCCGGGCGACUCUUUCUUGUACUCAUUUUCGGCUCCUGAUCAAGCGGGCACUUUUUGGUACCACUCGCAUCUCUCGACGCAGUAUUGCGAUGGACUACGUGGUGUCUUUGUCGUGUACGACCCAGAAGACCCACACAGGUCUCUCUAUGAUGUAGAUGACGAGGAUACGGUCAUCACCUUGGCCGAUUGGUAUCAUGUACCUGCACCUAGCGCAGGGCUCGUGCCAGUUUCACAAUCUACACUAAUCAACGGCUUAGGUCUCUAUCAAGACGGGCCAGAGUCCCCUUUAGCAGUCAUCCAUGUCAAACGAGGCAGCCGAUACAGGUUCCGCCUCGUAUCGAUCUCCUGUGACCCAAAUCAUGUCUUCGCCAUCGAUGGCCAUAAUAUGACCAUAAUAGAGGUGGAUAGUGUGAACACUCAGCCGCUCGUUGUGGACAGCAUCCAGAUCUUCCCAGGCCAGAGAUAUUCGUUCGUGCUGAAUGCAAACCAGCAGGUGGACAACUACUGGAUCAGAGCUUCCCCUAAUUUAGGGCCUCAAGGUUUCGCUGGCGGCCUCAAUUCCGCCAUUCUUCGAUAUGUAGGGGCUCCUGAAGCAAAUCCGAAUUCUUCGGAGACUCGAAGCUCGCAUCCAAUGCUUCAAACCGACCUUGUACCAUUGGAAAACCCCGGGGCACCAGGGCCCCACGAACUCGGCGCUGCAGACGUAUCAAUCAACCUUGGUAUUGCAUUUGACGAGGAAAAGUUUAAGUUUAGCGUAAAUGGUGUAUCCUACGUUAACCCGACUGCCCCCGUGCUGCUGCAGAUUCUGAGCGGGGCUAUGGAUGCCACGUCUCUCCUGCCAGCAGGGAGUGUUUACGUUCUCCCUCCCAACAAGGUUAUCGAGGUAUCCAUUCCUGGACUUGCAACUGGUGGUCCGCAUCCGUUCCAUCUUCACGGUCACUCCUUCGAUGUCAUUCGAAGUGCCGGGAGUUCGACAUACAACUUCGCUAACCCGGUCCGCCGCGAUGUGGUAUCUACGGGUGUCACAGGCGACAACGUAACCAUUCGAUUUACCACAGAUAACGCCGGCCCAUGGUUCUUACAUUGCCACAUCGACUGGCAUUUAGAACUGUGA